AAUAUUAGGUUAAGUAAUCUCUAAAAAACAAAAAUCUUCCAACGAUUUGACUGUUUAAAUACAUUUAUUAUGUGAAAUGAACAGCCGGGGAAUACUUGAUCACAAGAAAAAUUUUUUACAAAAGUUGAAAGUUUAUUUAUUACAAAAUAAAUUAUAAAAAAAUAUUACUCGAUAAAUUCGAAUAGUUGGUAGAUAAUUAUUUAAAAAAUGAAUAACAAUCUACCAGCUGACAAAGAGAGUAAAAGAAUUAAGCAUGACGAUAAGAUUUUGCAACGUGAGAAGAGUGAAAAAAAUGGGAGCGCACAUCAAGAUUUUAAUUUAGAUUCUAGAAUAGAUAGUGAGGAAAUAAAAUUAGAAGAACCUGAUGAUGAUGAUAACGACGAUCCAGAGAAUUUAAAAAACGCUGCUUGUAUACCUGAAUUUAUAAAAAAGCAAAUAGCAAAUGCAAAUUUUUCGACUGAGAUUUCAAGUUCAGAUAUAACAUUACCAUACGCUUGCAAGAUUUGUUCCAUGAGAUUCCUUGUGAAAGCUCACUUAACAUCACAUAAAAAAAUACACCUGGUGGAAAAGCCUUACGGCUGUAAAAUUUGUUCCCUGAGAUUCUUUCAAAAAUGUCACUUGAGAAGUCACAUGACAAUUCACGAGGAGGAACGGCAGCACAGUUGUGAAGUUUGUUCCAUGAGAUUUCACCGAAAGGCAACUUUAAUCAAACACAUGCUGAUUCACAGUGAUGAGAAAAAAUUUAGUUGUCAAGUUUGUCCAUCUUCAUUCCGUCACAAAUAUUCCUUGAGCGUACACAUGAAAUCUCACGGGCAAGUAGGUGGACCUUACACUUGUGAAGUUUGUUCAACGGAAUUUGACAAAAAAAAUAAGUAUUUUGAGCACAAGCGAAUUCACAUCGGAGAAGUACGUUACGCUUGUCAAGAUUGUCCAGCAACAUACAGCGUGAAAAAAAGUCUGGUCAGACAUAUGAUGGUGGCACAUACUGGUGAAAAGCGCUAUCUUUGUGAAUUUUGUUCCAAAAGAUUCACCAGUGCUACUUUGUUGAACAGACAUAGGCUCUGUCAUACUGGCGAAAAACCAUUUUCUUGUGAUAUUUGCUCUAAGAAAUUUCGAAGGAAAGACGGUUUGAACGAACAUAUGUUACUGCAUUCCGGAAAAAAAUUCUGGACUUGUGCUAUUUGUUCUCAUACAUUUCGUGAAAGAGCAUCUUUAUACAGGCAUAAAAAAAUUCAUACCGGUGAAAAGCCAUUUACUUGUCAGAUUUGUUUAAAAAAGUUUCGACAAAAGCACCAUUUGAACCUACACAUGUUUACUCAUACGGGUGAGAAACCUUUCAAUUGUGACAUUUGUGAUAGGGAUUUCCGAGAAAAAGGUACCUUGAAAAAACAUAUUAUGAAACGUCACGGUAAAGAAAUUAAGAAGGAAUUAGAAACAACAAGGGUAGAAACAAAGACAACAGCCAAGACCAAAAAUGUUAAGAAUGUCAGAAAGAAACCAACAGAAAAAUAAAUCAGUUGAUCAUUGUCAUCUAUUAUUGGUGUGUUAUUUUAUUAAUUAGUAUGAAACAAUUUAAUAAUUGUUGAAAAUAUCAUACUAAUUGAUUUGUUUUUAUUGCUUAAUUAUAAGUAGCAUUGUUGAUGUCUCUUAUGUUCAAUGCAUCGAGAGUUGUUAAAAAUUAAACUGUUUACACUGAGAGAAAAAAUUUAUUUUGA